AGUUUCACGUUUCUUCAGUGCGAGUGAAGAUAAUUAUUGCGGUUUAAUAACUAACAGAACAGUUCAGUCAGUGGGAUGAUGAUGGCGAAUUUAUCAUAGUAUUCUGUAGUAGUAGUAGGAUCGUGGAUGGUGGUUGUAGUAUGUUGUAUAGCAGCUGAACUGAAAUUGCCAAUAUUAUAGUCUCCCCGUCAUCAUCAUCGCAGUCAACCCAUCCCAUUCAUUGUUGAAUUUAAAUAAUGGAGACAUUUGUUGUUAACUAUCUGUUAAUUAGUGCGAGUGAGUAAGGUGACGACGAGGUGAGAGAGUAUUCAUCCCACGAGGAAUUUAAAUCCUAGUCUUCUAAAAUUAUUAAUACUGCUGGACGGUGGAAGUACCGAUUGGACAUUAGAAUUAGGGUUGUAAAGUUAUAUUAUUUUGUGGUCGACUUGUUCUUAAAGGUUAGCCAACCCAAAAUAAAAGUUAAUUGUGUAAUACAAUAAUGAGUCAAAGAUUGAGAUUGAGUCAUAGUUGUGCAGUACAAAUGAAGGGUACAUCCUUGUAAGGCGUCGUCUUCUGUUCCGUCGUCGUGGUGGUCACUCACGUCACACGUCACUAAUUGACAAAGAAGGAAAGGAACAUUGUGCAAUACCAGUCGAAAUCACGGAUUUCUUCAGAAAAAUAUCCUAUUAAUAAACAGCGUAAAGACAAAUGAAGACAAGAUUUGGACUACAAUUUUCAAAAAGUCAAUCAAUCUCAAACAAAAGACGUGGACUGGCCUACAUUACAUACAUACAUAUGUCCUUUGUCCGUCGUUGUGCACUGAAUUUUGUGAUACUUGAAUAAGCCGAAUAUAAGAAAUUGAGCUUCAUCAUCAUAUCAGCUUGCUAAUUAGAGUGGAAUAACGAAUUAAUGCUCGUUCGUGGAAUUACAUAGUGGAAGCGUUGUGGGUGAAAUUUUUCUCGUCACUCGUCAUCAUCAUCAUCUUCAACAAGCAGACCUUAUGCUUCACGCCGAAACAGAGAUUUCAGAUUUAUGGACGCGGUCUUGAGAGUGACACCAAUUUUGCAAACAACGAUGGGAAUAUCAUUAGAUUUUUAACACGUUUUUAUUGACAGACAGAUUGCAAGUGGUUGUGAUAUUGACUUUUACUUGAGUUUUUCCAAUUGCUUUAAAAAGUUUAUUAGUUGGACUCUUUUUGAUUGCUAAUUCUUUUUGAAAAUGCCUGUGCCUCCACCCCCUCCGCCACCUCCAGGACCUCCCCCUCCCCCAUCAUUUAAUUUAAGUUCGCCAUCGGGAGGCGCACAGGACGCCAAGUCACGAAAUCAGCUAUUAGAUUCUAUUCGACAAGGGAAGAAAUUAAAGAAAGCUGCCAUUGUUAACGAUAGAAGUGCUCCUCUCGUGGAUGCUAAUGCGAACCGCAACAAGACUGGACCAAGUAUUGGAGGAGGAUCUGGAGGAAGCAGUAUUUCAAGUAGCUCGUCGGCUUCGACUAGUGGAAGCGGUGGUGGGCGUGGAAAUGGUGUAGGUUUAGGACCACAAGGUUUAGGAGGGUUAUUUGCUGGAGGUAUUCCCAAGUUAAAACCCGUUGGAAGUACGCCUGCCAAAGGGAGUGGAAGUGGUACCGGUUUCAACGGAAGGAAACACAACAAUGACACAACGAGUCCCACCCAUAACCAUAGUAGAAUAACCACAAGUCCUGGAAAUUCCCCAAAUCAUAAUAACUCGUAUAAUAGCAGCAGUUCACCCAAUUUUGCAAAUAGUAAUCAUAAUAAUAAUAACAACAACAACAAUAAUAAUAAUCAUCAUCACCACUCAAUAACUGUCAGCCUUACAAUGAAAAAUAAUUCAGCAACUAGUCUAGCCAAUAAACCUGCGCCGCCCCCGCCACCCCCAUCGAACAUGAAACCAAGUACGCCACAGCAGGCAAAUGAUGUGACCGCAUCAAGGACAUCAAAUUUUGGAAAGCCAUCCCUGGCACCCAAACCUCCUGGGAUGAAUAAUAGUGGCUCAAAACCCUCCAAGCCCAAUCCCCCUCCAAAACUACCAAGUUUAUACAUUCCUCCUUCUGCUAUGGGAAAUUCAUCUUCCGAUUCUGCAAGUCCAAAUGUUAGUUCUUCUUCAGCCGGCCAAACUUCUACACCACCUCCGCCAACACCCCCGUCGGCGGGUGUAAAUCGGGCACAAAGUAUGCGUAUGCCAAAACCAGCAUCACCGUCGACAGCCACCGCCUCGAGUAUAGAAUAUAGAACGAUGGGCAGAUCGGCUGGAAGAGAUUUUGCCAACCAACCUCCACCUCCGCCAAGGAUUAUUAAUGGUGGGAAUCCUAGGGGUAGGCCUUCGCCGUUACGACCUCCUGCCGCCAGACCACCCCCACCUCCGAAUAAAGCUCCACCAAACCAUCCACCUCCACCUCCUCCGGCCACCGCACCUCCCCCACCCCCACAUCGAACAGCUCCAGCUCCUACACCACCUCAUGCUCAUGUUAGAGUCAAUGGGAAUUUGGGACCCUUACCUCCACUCCCAUUCAAUGGAGUUGGAGCGCCACCUCCUCCCCCAACGAGAAAUUCCUCCAUGAGAAGUAUAACAUCUACUUCGUCAAUUACGUCAGUUGGGUCUAGUUCCGGAUCUUCGUCCUCCUCGGUUGUGUAUUCUGGUCCUGACUUAGAAGCUCGAUUCGGCCACCUUUUCAAAUCCUUAGAUGAGCUACCGUCGCCCAUUCCAUUUAAAGGCAUAAUGAAAACCUACCCUAGCAAAAAUGCUCAAUCAGUCAAGAGACAACCCGCUCCCCAACCACCAACUCAUAUCCAACUGGAACAAAAACUCUGGGUCAAUAAUACUUCAACCUGCUAAAAUUGGUGCUAGACUAGUAACUUAAUUCUUACAAGUGCGUCCGCGGUUUUGUAGAACUUUUGAAAAUAGGCAAAUAAUCGAAACUAUAAGACUCCUGUGAAACGUGCAAAACAACAUACGAAAGUCUUAAUCACAAUAUGAUAUCAACUUGUUAUUCAAUUCACGAUGGGUAUUACAUUAACAUAAUAAAACGAUGUGUACUAGAAUGAAA